UCCGUUCAGAGAUUUCAUCACCCCGACGCCGCGGUCGUCUCAUUGACAGCUCGAUGUGUCAAGUGUCACUGUUUUCCUAAACGCGCACACACGCCAGUGCGGGACGGAUGACGGAUGUCGGCGGGAUCCGGGGAUGGGGUCCAAAGAGAGCGAGAGAGACAGAGACACGCAGUGGGGGAGGGCCCCACGGGGCGACCACGGCCGUGUCACACGCGCGGAUAAUGAGACAAUGGGACAAUCACCUGGGAAAAUUCUCACUGCGCGGAAACGGGAUCGCGACGCGCGCCGCGCGACACCGUCGUUCUCCACCUCACCGCCAUAUUGGGAGGACGAUGUGUCAAUAGCCGACUGACCGACCGCGGGCGAGCGGUCGGCGCCGGCGGGCCUCCCGUGAGUCGCCCACUCCCGCUACGGGGCCCCCCGCCUCGCCCGUUCCCCCGUACAUGGAAAUGGAAAUCGGCACGUCGCUCGCGCGUCGGCCGCGAUUGACACGGACGGAUAAAGCGGCGCCGAGACGACGGGACGCUCGCGUUAUCUCGCCGAGGUGUAGUACGUCGUAGCCGUCGUAGAUGCAAAACAAAUACGCGCGCGGGACUGGGAGGGGGGCGAUCCCGUUCAAACCCGUUCCCCGAGACCCGAGAAUCGACGAUUAGCUCCGAUUCUCGCGCGGCGGCGGACCGAAAUCCGAAAUCAGCUGGGCGGUCUCGCGAGAGUCGCGAGAGGGAGACGCAUUCGUCCCACCCCGCCGCCCGCCGCGCCGCGCGAAUCGCGCGACAUCGCGCGAUGACAGUGACGAUGACGACGGCGACGUCGGCGACACGGCUGCGCUCUUUUUUUGGUCUGUUUUGACAUUUGGCGAGUCAACAUGGCGUCCGCAGCACAGAUGAGAGUCCGCGAGUCCUCGCGGCCGUGGCUCUAGCGAGGAUCGCUCCGCGUACGCGUCGUCCCUCUGACCCGACGUCGAGCUCUUCCCCGCGAGUUCCUGCUCCGCGACGCGGUCGCGCGGACGUCGCGCGACGUCGCGCUCGACCUCGAGGCGCGUGCCGUCGGGGCCAGUGCACGGUGCGGGAGAGCGUUUCUCUCCGCUUCCGCGUGCGGAAUUGCAUCAUUACGUAAUCGUCAAUAAUCGCCGUCUGAAAUCCUGUUGUCCGAGCUGGCGAGAUUACGCUCGCCCGCUCCCCCCCUCCCCCCCGCUGACCUUUGGCUCUCGAUCGCUCGAGGAAGGAAGCGAUCCACGGUGCCCGGUUGACUCCAACGUGAACGAGCUUCACGUGACGUUAUUUUCAUGUAUGGGACUGUGAAUCCAUACGCAUGGACCGGUGCUCACUCGGAAGCCGAUAGAAUAUAGGAAAAAUAAGGGCUAGAGAUUAUCCGGCACGGAUGACAGCAGAAGCGUAAGAUGUUCGAGUCUCCGAGAAGUCUCCAGGAGGUUUGCAUCGACUUCAUCUGCGGUAACGUUCUCGCCCUGUGCACGGUUCACCCUAGCGACACAAACUCUCCUAAUACUCUGAGUAGUAGUAGUGCCGUAUCCGAUCGACAAGAUAACGGUACGGCGAACGGUAAUAGCGCAGAAGUUGAUACUGCAACAGGUAGAACAUCGUCUAACGAUGCUCCCAACUCGGCGACUUGGCUCACCUUUAGACAUCCGGACGCCUUUUUGCCCGCCGAAGUGUCGGAGCAAUUAUUAUCGAACCUAUGUGAGAAGAAAACGUUAUCCGAUUUAACGAUCACACUUUUCGACUCGAAGACCACUAGAUUAAGGCACGUACGAUUGAAGGAUGCGUCGACAUUGUCGGCUAAAGGCUUAAGCGUUCUUAAGCAACAUAAAGUUAUAGAUUUAAUAGUAAACGGUCUGAAGAUCACUGUUAAUGAAUUAAUUAGCUGUUUAGGCGAUUGGAGUAUACAAAAUCUUAGGUCGCUAAGUGUAGCUAAAGGAAGCUUUAUGGAUUUUUCAAGACAACGCAUGGUAGAUAUCGCAACGUUAAACAAAUUAAAGGCACUUCAUACCUUGAAUGUCUCAGGAACAGAAUUUAAUAAACACGGCUUGGACAUAGUAGUCGAAGAUCUUCCCCUUUUAGAGAGCUUAGAUAUAUCUUGUACAAGAGUCGACGAUAUAACGCCGUUGAAAAAAUGUAAAGGUCGUUUAAAGACAUUAAAUAUGUAUAAUUUAAAGAUAAGUGGAUGCGGAAAUUUAAUACCGGUGUUGCUGGAGCUAAACGAAUUAAGGCACUUAGAUAUUUCCGAUGAAAAAGAUCCGCAUGGUUUUGAAGUUUUCGCACCUGCCAAGCCAAAAAUAACAGAUUUUUUAAGAACUCUGAAUUGUAUGCCUUACCUAACAACCCUAGACUUAUCAGGCAAAGAUGAUAUAAAUCCGAAGGAUUUAAAAAAAUUUAUUGCGUCACAUGUACACUUGAGGUUUCUGGGAUUGGUGCAUUCCGAUGCUUGUUACGAUGAAAGUUUUAUAGAUUCUACACAUGAGGAUUACAGACCUGAAUUUAUUAUCAGUGGUACAGCAACAGAGUCUCAAAUUUUGGAAGCCCUUAGGAGAUAUACAUACAGACCAAUAUAUCUUCAAAAAUGUCUAUUUAACUUGUUCCGUUUGACACCAAACUUCCUCGAACCACGGGUCGAUGUGAUAAAAUUAGUCUUACCUGGAAUGAGAGAGCAUCCACAGGAGUUUCGUGUACAAAUGGCAGCUACUGCGUGUAUCUAUAAUCUCACAAAGGGUGAAUUGGCCCUCAUGAUUCAUCCGUCGAUACUUAAACAAAUAGUCGAAUUAACAUUACUAGCGAUGGAAUCAUAUCCAACUAAUCAUCAACUUCAAAAGAACACGCUGUUGACCUUGUGUAGCGAUAGAAUCCUACAGGAUGUUGCAUUUGACAAAUAUAGGUGCGCAAGAUUAGUUAUGAAUUGCUUAUCGACAUUUGAUGAUGCAUCCAUGAAUCGUAUGUCUGUGGCCAUUUGCUCAAUAUUAGCAGCAAAGAUAUCGACAUUGGAAACCUCUAUGCUUGGCGCACAACCACAAUAUAUGUUGAAACUGCUUGCAAUGGUUAGAUCUAAGGUCGAGUCCAAAUUAGUAGAUAUUACAAUGAAAUUUACAUUAAGCGCACUAUGGAAUUUAACGGAUGAGAGUGCGGCUACAUGCAAGGUUUUUCUUGACGAAGGUGGAAUGGAGUUAUUUCUUGAAGUACUGGACAGCUUCCAAGGAGAAUCUAGCGUGGAAACCAAAGUUCUUGGUUUGUUAAACAAUAUAGCAGAGGUCGAUCAUUUGAGACCACGGCUUAUGCAACCUCGGUUUAUAAAGAUGCUUUCUAUGCUGCUCGAUUCCGAGCACAUUGAUGUGUCUUAUUUCGCAGCUGGUAUCGCUGCGCAUUUACUUAGCGAUGGUCCUGGAUCUUGGUGUAGUAUGCCAUCACAACCGAGCAGGGAGCAGUUAUUAGAUCAACUGGUCCACGCUGUAACUCACUGGCAAACACCACAGGGAGAGAUGGUUGCCUAUCGUAGCUUCCAACCAUUUUUUCCACUGUUACGUUGUACAGAUGCGUAUCCUGUUCAACUCUGGGCAGUAUGGGCGAUUCAUCAUGUUUGCACAAAGAACCCAAAACGUUAUUGUGUGAUGUUGAUCAGAGAAGGAGGAGUAGAAACUUUAAAGCAAUUGGAAAAAACGCAUACAGAAUAUACGACGCAACCGAAUUUGCAAAGUUUAUGUCAAUCAAUUCUGGAAACGCUUGAAUUAAAUUCUUAACGAUAGCUGUUGCUUUUGCAAAUUAAAUACCCCAUGGUAUACUAGUCAAUGUUUAUCUUAGUGCAAUCCUAUAUCCUGUUCUCUAGACCAAAUGAAUAUAAAAAUCAUAUGGCCAUGAAUAAUUACAUCACAAAGAGAUAGACUGCAAUCAACAAAACACGACACACAAACCAUAAGUCCAAAAUAUCUUAAUCGAGUUGAUACUUUAAUUAGGUUGAUAUUGGGUGGCUGAAUUGAAGAUCUGAAUUGAGAAAUAGAUAUAUCUUUGUAUAUUAUAGAUUACAUAUUGUUAUAUGUAGAAUUAAUUUUGAAAAUUAUUCAAUUAUAUAAGCAAUAGUUGUAUGGAAUGAACUAAUAAGUAAAGCAGAUUUAUAACUUCAAAAAAAAAAAUAAACUACAUAAUGCAUAAUAGUAUGUCGAGAUAUAACUUUAAAGAUAAUGUAAUUUUUUAUUUUGAAAUAGAGGAGAAAAGGAAAAUUUAUCAUUUUUUAAUCGUUCAUCUAAUUAUAUCACCUACUGUCAUUGAUAUUUGUUUUUUUAUAACUUCAAAGUUACAUUAAUUAUUGCAGAAAAUAGUAUAAUUAUUCAAUAUAAUAAUGUUUGUAAUGUCCCAAAAUAUACCUAUAUUUUUUACGAUUUAUUUGAUGAUGAAGAUUAUCUUUAUAGUUUAUAUCUAAGAUUCUAGUCUAGUUAAUUAUUAUCGUAAACGAGAACGAGUAAUUAAAAUAAACAUCUAUUUAAAAUAUCUGUAAUUAACAUCCUACUUUGGAUGUAGAUUGGAUUUUAAUUAUUAGUAGUAUGAGAAAAAAAAGAUGAUCAUAUUAAAUUAUUUUGUACAAUUUAUGCAAUGCGUGCAUAAUAAAAUUGUAUUGAUGUUUGAUUGAAUAACUAAUUUUACACAUUGACAUUAUUAUAAACAAGAUGUAUAAAGAAACAAUCAUUCUUAAACGUUUAUGCCUAAUUAAUCUAUCUAAUAUUAUAUAUAAUUUAUAUAUUUAAUAUAAUCUGAAAUUGUAGACUAGGAUCUUGAAUUAUGUAUUAUAUAUUAUACAUUAUUGUAUUUUCCAGAAAAUUAUGCUAAACUUCUGUCUCUUUCUACGAUUCAACAAAGUGAUGGGAUAUAAGAUAAGAUGUUAAAAUAAUUAUUUUGUUAAAUGUCAUACUUUAACGCUUAAAUUCAGAUCUUCAAUUUAUUUUGUUAGUAAAUAUUCUUCAUGGAAUUUAUUCUUCAUUAAAUAUUGAUAAAAACAUCUUGAAAAUUGAUCAUGCAUAAUACAUGCCUUCAGAGAUUAUACAAAAAAUCAGAGAGUUUGUAAUAAAAGAAAAAUACAUAUUAAUAUUAGAUUAUAUCUGUUAUUAAAAUAUUGCGAAUUUAUAUAAACGAAAUUUAUUCUUCUGAUAUCAUUACAUGUUGACACUUAAAGUGUAAGAAAUAUCAACUUAAAUGGUACUGAAUGUUAAUAAACAUGCUAUGCAAGCCUUUA